CAACGAUCAUUUUCUGUCAAGACAUCAAAGUGAAAAGAUCAAAAGAUACAAAAAGCGGUUGGAAAAUUCCAUCGAAGAAAUUUUUAAUUUAAAGUGAUUUUAUCCGAAUCAAAUAGAAACUAAAAGAAAAUGUUGACAAGAAAAAGUUUCUUCUACUUUGUCUUAUUGCUGCUAUCACUCCUGGCCGUGAGCGAGGCUCGUGGUGGUAGGCGUGGCGGUUCUAUGGGUGGUAUGUUCGGUAGUUGGCGUAAAUAUAAGAAACCCUCAUCGAGCAGUGUCUCAUCGAGGCGUAUUGUAAGCAGUUCACCGGUUCACACGCCCAUUACAAAGGCCCUCAACGAAAAGAAAGCAUCCGGUGGAGAUAAAUUUAUAAAAAGCGGAAAGUCUUAUAGUAAAUAUAAUACACCACCACUACCGCCAGGUGGUUCAUAUUACACUAAUACUGCAGCAAUGCCGGGAAAUGCUAUUUACAUAGCUCAAUCGCCCCCAAGGGGUGCAGAUUUUGGCGACUUCCUAACUGGCUAUCUCACGGGAAGACUAUUAACAAUGGGUCUAUCGCCAUACCCAUAUCAUCAGCACAUUACACAUGUCUAUCAUGAUCAUCCGAAUCAAGGAGGUACCCAGCAACCCACAAGCAACGCAGAUGGCAAAGUUAUCAUUAUCAAUAAUGGCCAAGACUCACCGGCAAUAUCAAGUACAACUUCCUCAUCACCAAAUAGCGCCGACACGACAACAGAAAUUCCCGCCUCCUCAUCCCCCUACGCUUUAGCCUAUUCCUCAUCAACGGAGAAUAUUGCCGCCACAUUGUCAACAACACCACCGCCAAAUGGCAUCAUUUGUGUACCCAUCAAAAUGAAAGAGAAGAACGCCAGCGGGGAUCUUGUGGAAGUCGAUAGAAUUGUCUGUUACCCUGCACCACCGCCACCGGCCCACAUACAAAAUGAAAUGAAAUCGAAACCAGUGGAAAUUGCUGGCGAUAUUGUCGAUCAUUGAAAGAAAUUUUUUUAUAUAUAUGAUUUUUUUUAUUAUAUAAAAAUAUAAUAACUUAAUAUUUAUUAUAGAUUUAUGAGGCGCGGAAAUGUUUGUAUUAUUAAUUGUAACACAGUGCGAAUAAUAAAGCUUUAAAUAUUUUAUAAUCUAAAGGAAAAAAUAAAUGAAAAUGAAAUAUAAA